CUUUCCAGUGAUGUCUGGAGAAAAGAAAAGGAGAGGUUUUUGAAUAUUUACAGAACCAAUCCCUCUCUCUCUCCUCUCCAUCUUCUUCUGAAACUUUCUAUUAAAUUACCAGAAAAUUCCUAUAUAUUCAAGCAAUCAAAUUCUCCAGCUCAUUUACGUGUUCUCUUUCAGAUCUCAUCAAUCAUGUCGUACGCUUAUCUUUUCAAGUAUAUCAUCAUCGGAGAUACAGGAGUCGGAAAAUCCUGUCUUCUCCUGCAAUUUACGGACAAACGAUUUCAACCGGUCCAUGACUUGACCAUUGGGGUUGAAUUUGGGGCUAGAAUGAUCACAAUAGACAACAAACCAAUAAAACUACAGAUCUGGGACACGGCUGGCCAAGAAUCAUUCAGAUCCAUCACGAGGUCAUACUACAGAGGUGCUGCCGGGGCACUACUUGUUUACGAUAUUACCAGGAGGGAAACAUUUAAUCACCUUGCUAGUUGGCUGGAAGAUGCAAGGCAGCAUGCAAAUGCAAACAUGAGUAUAAUGCUGAUUGGAAACAAGUGUGAUCUUGCUCACAGAAGAGCUGUAAGCACAGAGGAAGGCGAACAGUUUGCCAAGGAAAAUGGGUUGAUAUUUAUGGAGGCCUCUGCUAAAACAGCUCAGAACGUUGAGGAGGCUUUUAUCAAAACAGCUUCCACGAUCUAUAAGAAAAUACAGGAUGGAGUGUUUGAUGUAUCAAACGAGUCAUAUGGAAUAAAAGUUGGGUAUGGAGGGAUUCCUGGGCCAUCAGGCGGACGAGAUGGAGCUGCUUCUCAAGGAGGAGCUUGUUGCAGUUGAAACUGGAAACUUUAUUCUUUAAAUUUGAUCAUAGCCAGUGGUGUUAUUAUUUAUUUAUUUAUGCUCUUCUAGCAUGUUUACCUUCAUUGGUGUAACCAAUUUGUUUGUGCUUAUGUUAAUAUAUAUAUCUGGGCAAAUAUAAACAACUUUACCUUUUGAAA